AUGACAGUAUUAGAAGCAGAGGAAGAUACUGAUGAGCACCCUAACCCUCCGAGGAAGAAACUUUGUCUCUCUCUAUCUUUGUCGGAGAGACAUAAUCAAGGAGUUAACAAAAGUAAACCUGAUACCCAGUCUGCUGGACGGGCUAGUACUAGCCAAUUGCGUCCUAUGCAAUUGAAUAACAAGCCAAUAAAAAUGUUGAAUGACUUUCAAAGGCUAGGUAGCACUCACAGAGAUCCUGCAUAUGAUUUUUCAUCCAAUGUUAUAACUGGAGGCUUGAAGAUAGCAACUUUGUGUAACUUGGGAAAUACCUGUUUUUUGAACAGUGUACUUUAUACGCUACGAUGCACACCAUCUUUCUUACACAAUCUCCAUCAUCUCGCAACAGACUUAUCAAUCAUAAGUGAAAGACAGCUUCAAACUAAAAUUAAAAUAUCCUCACUGGGUCGAACUGGUAUAUCAUCUACAACAAGUAGCAAUCGUAGUUGGAGCAACAAAGAUCUCCCAUCACUGACAGCUGCUAGUACAGCAACAGAACUGAAUAAGCCUCGAAUUCAAGUUGCUACUGAAAAGUUGCACGAAUUGUUUAUAUCUUUGAGAGAAUUGGAAGCAAGAGAAAAUUCGGAACCGUUUCAGCCUGAUGCUUUUCUACAAGCCUUGAGGGAUGUCAAUCCCAUCUUUGAGGGUAAUCAACAGCAGGAUGCACACGAACUACUCGUCUGCCUCCUCGACAACAUUCGUGAAACGUUCCAGCUGCUCGUUCGUCACCGAGAAAAUCAAUUCAACUGGCGAAUCGAUGGAGGUAGUAGCAGCCAAAGCGACUUUCUGCGAGACGGUAGGGCAGUGCAGUCGGAUAGUAGCAAACGUGGAACACGCAAAUCGCAAAAAUCGAAAAAAAAGCCAACAUCGAGCUCGAUGCGAGCUUCAAGCGCGAGCGCACUUGUUCAGACCAACCUUAAUGGUGCGAUUGCCUCCAAAACUUUAAGCUUGCAACAGCAACAGCUCGAAAACGGCAGCAUUACACCACUUGCUAUGAGUAAUGGUGAGCUCGAUUCGCUCGGACCACUCGAGAAUAAAAAGUGCUUUAUUUCCGAAGACUUUGAAGGCGUCAGUCUGUUGCGAACCACGUGCCUGGAGUGCGAACAGGUCACAGAAAGGAAGGAGACCUUUUGUGAUAUAUGUGUUCCAAUUGAAAUGGAUCGCUCUAAUGAGAAAGAUGAAGAUGGAAAGACCAUGGAUUCUAGUGCUAUUUACAAAAAAGCAGUAGUGAUGAGUGAAUUGUUAUGUGAUAAAAAUAAAUACUGGUGUGCCACAUGUCUCCGUUAUAACGAAGCUAGACGAGCUAUAUGCUUUCCUUCAUUGCCAAGAUUACUUGUUUUACAGUUAAAAAGAUUUUCUACUGCUGCUGGUUCCAUGGAAAAAAUUAAUCAUCACAUGCCAACGCCUCUGAAUCUUCAAUGUUUCUGUGAAGAAUGCAACAUUAUUACAGAUCAGCUUCGCUACGGUUCUAGUUCGUCGUCCAGUGUUCCAGCUAAAGAUCCGAGCCAACGGCACGUUUACAACCUUUAUUCGGUGAUAAUGCAUCAAGGGGCGACAAUGACAGCCGGUCAUUAUGUUGCGUAUACGCGCUUGCCCGGUGAAUCGUCUCAUGAUGAAUAUCAGCAAUGCGAACGUGAUAAUGCUCAACUCCAACAAAAACAGCCAAAUAAUUCAACUAAUGCUCACCAGAACGGUCAGCACAGCUCAGACAAUAGCAAGAUCACAGCUUUUUUCAGUUGCUUUGGCAACAAGCCCACUGAGAACAAGGGAGUACCUUUGCGAGGUAAACAACAACAGCAGCAAAAAGCUCAAGGCUGCAGGGGCAACGAAUGUUGCGGUAUCAGGCAGACGGCCCGCCAAAGUAGUGGUACGUGGCUCGAGUGUGACGAUGAGGCGGUCCGUGUAAUACCCACACGAGAACUUCAAGACAAGCUCGCACCUAAUCCCAGAAAUUCUGCCACACCUUACCUUCUCUUCUACGUGAGAUCUACGGCGACGGCGACUUCUACGACUGCAACAGCUACUACGGUGACCACGACGUCCGCGACGGCGACAUCGACCACGACUGCGACAACUACGACGAUGAGGACUAUGACGACUUGAAGCUUUUCAACAGCCGUCGAUAUCACGGUGAUGAAAAUGCAUGUAUAUAAGAGGAUGGUUGUAGUUAUUUCAGUGAUGUAAAUGAAAGGAGAAUGAUAAUAACGUAUUUUCAUGCUUUUUUUCAUUGACUAGUGCGUCUUAAGUUUUUAUUUUAUUCAUGCGAACUUGAUCUGUGCUUAAAUCCGUAUUUUAAUAUUUUUA